UUGGGAGCGGAGAGCUCGCGCGACCACUCUUCCCUCAGUCUCCUCCAGCACCUCGUCGCAAACGGGGCCGGAAAGCGUGGUGGCGCAGGCGCAAGCGCCGAGAGCGGAGGCGGUGGUGGUGGCGGCCGCUGGCCAGUGUAAGAUGGCGGCGGCGUUGGUGGCGGCAGUGGACGGGGCGGCUGGGCCUGGAACAGUCGGAGCAGCCGCUGGCAGAAGGAUGACCCAAGACGGGAAGCGGGCUGCUGAGCCUCGCCGGCUCCCGUGCUUGUAACUGCCCCAGCCGGACACCCCCCCCUUGACCUACCCGCCCUUCAGUGAAUCAACAGACCUAUUUUCUCAGGAGCUCAGCCUGGCCCUACUUCAGUGAUAAAGAAGGAAAGGCUGGCCACAAUAAACAUCAUUCAAGAUGUCCAGCAAAGGGAGCAGCGCAGAUGGCAAAACAGACUUAGCCAAUGGAAGCCUGUCCAGCAGUCCAGAGGAGAUGUCUGGCGCUGAGGAGGGUCGGGAGACAUCCUCAGGCAUUGAAGUGGAGGCCUCAGACCUGAGCUUGAGUUUGACUGGGGAUGAUGGUGGCCCCAACCGCACCAGCACAGGAAGUCGGGGUACAGAUACAGAGAGCUCAGGUGAAGACAAGGACUCUGACAGCAUGGAGGACACUGGCCAUUACUCCAUCAACGACGAAAACCAGGUCCAUGACCGCUCGGAGGAGGAAGAGGAAGAAGAAGAGGAGGAGGAAGAGCAUCCUCGGCGCCGUGUCCAGCGGAAGCGGGCCAGCCGUGACCAGGACUCGUCAGAUGAUGAGCGGGCCCUGGAGGACUGGGUGUCUUCCGAGACAUCUGCCCUGCCCCGCCCUCGCUGGCAGGCCCUUCCUGCUCUUCGGGAGCGGGAGCUGGGUUCCAGUGCCCGCUUUGUAUAUGAGGCUUGUGGAGCAAGAGUCUUUGUGCAGCGUUUCCGCCUGCAGCAUGGGCUUGAGGGCCAUACUGGUUGUGUCAACACCCUGCACUUUAACCAGCGCGGCACCUGGCUGGCCAGUGGCAGCGAUGACCUGAAAGUGGUGGUUUGGGACUGGGUGCGACGACAGCCAGUACUGGACUUUGAGAGCGGCCACAAAAGCAAUGUCUUCCAGGCCAAGUUCCUUCCUAAUAGUGGUGAUUCCACUCUGGCCAUGUGUGCCCGUGAUGGGCAGGUGCGGGUAGCAGAGCUGUCUGCCACACAGUGUUGCAAGAAUACGAAGCGUGUGGCCCAGCACAAGGGAGCGUCCCACAAGUUGGCGCUGGAACCGGACUCUCCCUGUACGUUCCUAUCUGCAGGUGAAGAUGCAGUUGUCUUCACCAUUGACCUCAGACAAGACCGGCCAGCUUCGAAACUGGUGGUGACAAAAGAGAAGGAGAAGAAAGUGGGACUGUAUACGAUCUAUGUGAAUCCUGCCAAUACCCACCAGUUUGCAGUGGGUGGACGAGAUCAGUUUGUAAGGAUUUACGACCAGAGGAAAAUUGAUGAGAACGAGAACAAUGGAGUGCUCAAGAAAUUCUGUCCUCAUCACCUGGUGAACAGUGAGUCCAAAGCAAACAUCACCUGUCUUGUGUACAGCCACGACGGCACAGAGCUCCUGGCCAGCUACAAUGACGAAGACAUUUACCUCUUCAACUCCUCUCACAGCGAUGGGGCCCAGUAUGUGAAGCGGUAUAAAGGCCACAGGAAUAAUGCCACAGUAAAAGGCGUCAAUUUCUACGGCCCCAAGAGUGAGUUUGUGGUGAGCGGCAGUGACUGCGGGCACAUCUUCCUCUGGGAGAAGGCAUCCUGCCAGAUCGUUCAGUUCAUGGAGGGGGACAAGGGAGGCGUGGUAAACUGUCUCGAGCCCCACCCUCACCUGCCUGUGCUGGCAACCAGUGGCCUUGACCAUGAUGUCAAGAUCUGGGCACCCACAGCUGAAACUUCCACCGAGCUCACAGGGCUGAAGGACGUGAUAAAGAAGAACAAACGGGAGCGGGAUGAAGAUAGCUUGCACCACACCGACCUGUUUGAUAGUCACAUGCUCUGGUUCCUCAUGCAUCACCUGAGACAGAGACGCCACCACCGGCGCUGGCGAGAACCUGGGGUUGGGGCCACAGACGCAGACUCCGAUGAGUCUCCCAGCUCCUCAGACACAUCGGACGAGGAGGAGGGCCCCGACCGGGUGCAGUGCAUGCCGUCCUGAGGCCUCGUACCCAGGAGGGGCGGGCUGGGGCUGCCAACCCGAUCCUGCCUGGACGGCCCUUUCCUGUCCCAGGCCCUUACAUUCAGCAGACACGCACUUUGGACUCUUUGCUUUAGAUAAAAAAGAAAGACAUCCCAGGAGACAGACCAGAGCGGGAGCGAACCUGCGGAGUAGCUAAGAAUGGGAGCCAAGCCCGGGAUGAGCUCCAUGGAGAGGUGCACAGGGCUCAGCAGAAAUGGCCUCUCCCCAGAGCCUUGUUUUUUGGGAGGGGGGAGCCUAUUUUGUUAACUGGUUUGGGGUAGGGAAUGGGGUUUCCUUUUCUUUCAUCUCCCUUGUUUCUUGGGGGGGGGGGUGGGGAUAACUGGCUGUUCAGUACCAAUGGGCCAGAGUGGGGGUGGUAGAAGUGCCACUCUCUCUUUGGUUUAGGUUUUUGGCCUUUUUCUUCUUUAUUUUUUAAAAGUCUGUGACAGUUGCAUUGUUUUUUUUUUUUUCCCCCUGAACAACCCCAACCCAGGAUCUUGUUUCUUCUGGGAAGUCCUUAGAGCCCCUAACCACCCCACACUCUUGACUUGCUUUCCCACCCGUUCAUCCUUUGUACGCCCCACAGUGUCUCACACUUGAUGAUGUGUCCUCCACGCUCUCCUCUCAGUCCCAUCACCCCGAGAACUAGGUCUGGUGAGGGAGGCUGGGGGUGGGUGGGCGGACGGGCAGAAGUGCAGGAAGAGUAGGAAGGAUGUGUUACUUCUUCUGUUACUUUUAAAAAAAGUUGUUUGGUGGCAGUGAUCUCCUUGCCCUGUCACUGUUAGAGGCCUAAUUUUAUAUCUAUAAAUAUAUUAAAAAGCAA